AUGAUAGUAUUAGAGAAAAGUGUGCCAUUAUCAUUGCCUUAUAGAAUAGUUGAAUUGACCUCUUUCCUUGUAUUUCAAAUUUCAGUUCCUGCUGCGACUGAUGCAACAUGGCAGUCGCUUGUCCUCAAAGCUGAUGGGCCUGUGCUGGUUGAGUUUUGGGCUCCUUGGUGUGGGCCAUGCCGAAUGAUUCAUCCAGUAGUCGCUGAAUUAUCAAUGCAAUAUGCUGGAAAACUGAAGUUCUUGAAAUUGAAUACUGAUGAAAGUCCUUCUAUUGCAAGCAAAUAUGGAAUACGAAGCAUUCCAACAAUCAUGAUCUUCAACAAUGGUGAGAAGAAAGAUGCAGUCAUUGGUGCCGUGCCGAAAACGACACUGACUGCCACCAUUGAGAAAUUCUUGUAGAGGAAGGUUACAUACUGUUUUCCAAGAUCUUCUGUUCUAUAUUGUUUGAGCCUCUCUUUUCUUUCCCUUUUCCUACGAGUUUGAAAAAUUAAUCUCCUUGCAUAAUUAUGGAUCCUGCACAUUUUCUAUCUUUUGUGACAUUUUUACUUCAAUUGACAAUAAGUGUUUUCUUGCCUGAAGAUUUGCUUCGAAUGCCUUGGCAGCUUUGUCAAUGAAUGGUUUGAAGACUUGAGUUCCUUAGUCCCCA